CGUAUCUAUCAACAAACUGUGAGAUACAAAUGGCGGACACCAUUCCUAACUCUUAGAAUAUCGAGCUAAAGAAUAUCGGAGAAAAACAUAUAAUAUGCAGGCUGGUUACUUGGUUCAACGACGGACAAACGCCAGGGAUCUCACGGGACUUCCGGGGUACACUAGACUGUCUCAGGCUACAGGACUACAGAACCUAAAGACUGGGAUUAUCCACACCAGAAAAUCACGUGAUUCCCGGGACGAAGGUUACCACAGCAGGGAGAGACCGGGGACGUAUACCAAAGAGAGGGAGCCACUGACGUUCCGAGAACCAAUUAGUUACAGAGUACCCGAGCCCAAACCUCGCAUGAUUAUGGCAAACAAGGGAAGAAAUUCCCAUGUCAACGGUCUUAUUCCUUUACCGGAAACUGACCGGUCUGGUGGGGGACCCACAGAUGUAGAGAAAGUAGAUUUCAGACCGAAGGAACCCAGAGAGAAGAAAGAAGUAGAAGCUAAAAGUUAUCGAGACUCCGAUAAAAAGAAAACAGCAGAAGUGUCCAAUCAAAUACAACGAAAAACACCACGUGACACAGCCCCAGGAACAGAAAGGGACGUUGCCGAUCUGCCCAUUCUACCCAGUACUUCUCUGCGUGUUGAUGAUUUGAAGGAUGAUUUCUUAUUUUGUGAAGUUUGCAAGUCAGAGUACGACGAAAAAGAGCACACUCCAAGGGUGUUACCGUGUCUACACACCUUCUGUAACCGUUGUCUGGAAAAACACGUUAGGGAUUGGUUCAUUUACUGUCCAAGUUGUAAGUCGCAGCACACACUGCCAAACGACAGCGUCAAAAAUUUUCCAAAAGAAAACACGCGUCGUACCCUACGUGAUUUUGUUCAACUGAAGAAGAAAACCAAAAUCCCUUGUCGUGAUUGCCCGGAUGGAGGUAAUGCCGGAUUCUUCUGUAAAGACUGUUAUUCUUUCAUGUGUCAUGAAUGCCGGAAAGCUCACUUAAGAAACUUUAUGUCACGAGGCCAUACCAUUACGUCUCUGGAUCAGUUGACUAAUACAGGCAUCGAACCUUUCCUUCGACAACAAACGUGCGACAUGCCAGGGCACGAGGGACAGCAACUCAUUUAUUACUGCACGAAAAAGGGAUGUGAAAAACCGGUUUGCAAGAUGUGUACUGUUCUAGAUCACGACGAGAUGAGUGGACAUAACGUUCGGCGUAUGGCCGAUGUUUAUGAAGACCACAAAGCCAUUGUCAGCAAUCUUACUAAAGACAUGGAAGACCGUAUCACAUUCACAAAGAACGUAAUGUUUGAUACGGAGGAGGAAAUGAAGAAUCUAGACAAAAAGUACAUGGAAAUAACCAAAGACAUCGACAAAGAAAUCGACGAAAGUAUCCAGAUGCUGGAAGUCAGAAGGAGAGAAUUGAAGGACACACUGAAAGCAAAAUGCAAGGAUAAACGUUCUAUAUUGCAAAAACAGAGAGAGGGCUUGAAGUACACACUUGUACUGAUGAAUGCCGGGAAAGAAUUUUCUUCUCAUAUCAUGGCGCAUGCGAUGCCUGCAGAGUUUGUAAUCUUGACGGACACCAUUACAGCACGUCUCACCAUGUUGAAAGAUAAACAAAUCGAAUCUUGUCCACUGGAAAACUCAUUCCUAGCAUUUGACAAAAAUAGCAUGGGAUCCGAGUUCAAAGUUUUCGUAGUAGGGAUGGGAAAAAUUCGAUCCACAGCAAUUUACCCGCCUAAAACGAUGGCGGAAGCGUUUGAUGUUCCUAUUGAGAACGAGGCAGAGGUGAUGAAACUUUUCCUGUACAACAGCAAAGGUAUUCCACAAAAAGACUCGUUUGAUUGCGUCCAGGUCGAGAUUCGAGAUCCAAAGGGUCGGACGAACUACGCUUCUGUUGAAGAUGCCCGAACUGUUGAAGGCUGUUACAGAGUGUACUAUACGGCUAGUACACUGGGACAACACCGAGCUCUGGUCAGAGUUCUGGAUCGAUUGGUAAAAGAGGACGGCUACCCAUUCACCGCCAGAACCCCUGGUGAGAUUGACAAGAGACACGGGGACAUUACGUGUCCUGGUUUCACAUUUGACGUUGAAACCGCUCAUGCAGAACGUGAAGUGGCACCAAAUGGAAAAAUUCUUAGGUCAGAUGUGACUACGCUUAAAAGAAAGGCAAUCCGUGGACUAAAAAAGUCCAAAGUUCGAGCUUUCCCGUGGGAAGAUAAUGGAUAUAUCAAACAGGAUACGCCCAAGGCGCAUGGCAGACCGGAAGCUUUGUCACUUGACGCACAUUUGGACAUUGUAUCCAACGACAAAACAUUUGAUGGAAAGCGGCUGAAGAAAUAUUGUGGAGUAGUUGGCACCAAGCCGUUUCGGUCUCCUGGUCGCUAUUACUAUGAAGUUGACGUGUCUUACCGAAUACACGUAAAUCUCGUGCGCAAUGCCCUACUUUUUGAGAUUGGAGUCGGCCGAUGGGAAAGCAUUCACAGUAGUUUCUACGUUGGCGCGCAAAUGUACGCUUGGUCGUUUUCCGUAGAGAGAUGUAAUGAACACAAACAACUUUGUCACAAGUUCCGUCACAAGAGGACGCUGAUGUUGCACAGUCCCAUAUCUGCCGACAUCGCUGGAACUGCCAUGUCAAUGUCUUAUGGGUUUCUCGUAGACACCGAUAAUCGGCAGUGGACAGUGAUAGAUUGCUCCAGCCAAAAGGCACUCUACACAUUUCGUAAUUUAGACUUUUCGGAGCCCCUCUGGCCAGUGUUUGGGACAUACAAUCCGUAUUCCGCUCUCGUUGAGAUGCAUCUAAAAUCUGGAAGUUCAAUCGCAAAGAUCCCUGCUAUUGCUACUUUAGUGUGAUUCUCUAUGGAGACAAGAUACUAGUAAAUGUUGGAUGGAAAACAUUUCUUAACUUUAGUCAACUAUUGUAGCAAAAAAUGAUUAUACGUACAAACACGUAGUAUGUAGUACUGUUGUAAGUAGUGCUCAGGGAAAGUACAUGGCGAUGUGUCGAUGAAAAAUGAGGGGGGCGGUAUGUUUUAAAAAGAUAUGUUAUAUGUGUUGAAUUUGGGACAUGUUCAUUGCGAUUUCUUCUUUCAUUUUUCAGUAAAAUUAAAUGAAUACGUUAAAAUGUUCCUCAUAACGCACUUAAUUUUCAUAUCAUAAAAUACCCUUUACACACUUCUCGAAACAAUUCUAAGUCACUUUUAGUGCAACGUGAUUGGUUGAGGAGCACUGAUCAAACGAGUACAAAUGUCUAUAUAUCCACACCGUGUGACAGUACCCUAUUACGUCACAAUAUACAUGGUCACUAUGUUGCUCUAAUGAUAUUGUUCCAUUUUCACUUUUUCGUAUUUAUACCAGAACCAUCGAUUACAUCGGAUGUGUGAGGUGGGGAUGAGAUAAGAAGAUGCUACGUAUUUUUACGUGUAUGUGCUGGUACAGCCAAUUCAUUCAAAAUAACCUGGUAUGGGAGAUUUAUGCUUUUUCGUAAACAAUGUCACAGUUUAUAGAACCUUAACAGCCCCAAACCAGUGUACAUUUUGCCUAAAUUGAUCAAAAA